AUGAAUACCCCUAUUCCUCCUAAGGUCAAGAUCCCUACAUUGGACCCUUAUGAUGGAAAGACGGACCCAACGAACCAUCUGAAUGCUUAUAAAGCACAGAUGGGAGUCCAAACCGGGUGUGAGGCCUCAUGGUGUAGGUUCUUCCCUACUACCCUCAAGGGCAUAGCUCAGACAUGGUUUAACAACCUUACCCCCGGGAGCAUAAGAACGUUUGACAUGAUAGCCACUCAGUUUAAAAAGCACUUCAUCGCUGGGAGUAGGCAAACAAAGACUAGCGUUCAUUUGAUGACGGUGAAGCAAGGGGAGAAUGAAAGUCUUAAGGACUACAUCAAGAGGUUCAACACCGAGUCUCAGCUCAUCCCCGACCUCCAAGAUAAUGUUGCUUUCACAGCCCUUCUCGUCGGGCUCAAGUCUAACAAGCUGAAGUUUGAACUUGUCCAUGACAAGGUGAGCACCUUCUCUGAAGCCAUGGAAAGAGCUGAAAGGAUCAUUGAAGCUAGUGAGGUGUGCAAGGCGCCCGUAGAAAACAACAAGGGGAAGAGGAGGCAAGAAGACAACUACCAUGACAACAGGAAUAGAAGACCGAGGAGGGCUGAGAGUGAUGACGAAGGACCCAAGUACAAUGCUGAUAGGCGUGAGAUAUAUUUGGACAUAAAGCACAAGGCUAUUCUUCCUAAGCCUAACCCCAUGAAUACGCCGAUAGAGCAGAGGAACAAGAAGCUGUGGUGUGAAUACCACAAGGAGUGUGGUCAUACCACCCGGAGCUGCAGAGAGCUCAAGAGAGCCCUUGACAAGCUAGAUGAAGAAGGAAAGCUUAAUAGAUAUCUCAAGUCCCCCCUGAAUGAUAAGCAAAGCGGGGCUUCCAAGGAAGUGCAAGAGGCCCACAGCUCAGCUGACACUAAUAUCAGCAUCAAUGUCAUAGCCGGAGGGUUUGGCUCCAGGGGUUUGUCUAACAGGGCACGCAAAAGUCACUUGCGGUCGCUCGAAGAGCCCAUCUAUGAUAUCGGCACUCCCUCAUCUACCCCGAAGGACCCCCUCAUGGUAUUCGGGGAUGACAAAGGAAAGAAGAUUCAAAGGCCUCAUGAUGACCCCUUAGUGAUUCAUAUGAAGGUGGUCAAUGCUAAGGUGAAGAAGAUCUUAGUAGAUAGUGGAAGUUCAGCAGAUAUCAUCACAUGGAAAUGCAUCGAGCAAAUGCAUUUUGGAAAAGGUGACCUUACACCCCUGGAAAAACCCUUAGUGGGAUUUGGGGGGCAUCAUGUGUACCCCUUAGGAACAAUCAAGCUUCUUGUCCGUUUGGGGGAAAAAGAGAAGGGGAGAAGUUUGGUUCACACGUUCUUAGUUGUGGAUACCCCUCUGCCAUACAACAUGAUUCUUGGCCGACCCCUUCUCAAUAGGGUUAAGGCUGCCAUCUCAACCUAUCACUUACUCCUCCAAUUCGAGACCGAUGACGCAUCGGUAGGCAAGAUAUUUGGAGAUCAGUUUGAGGGAAGAAAAAGCUAUGUAGAUAGCUUGAAGUCACCUGAGAGUUCCGUCAAUCAGGAAGACAAGGGGGCCAAAAGGAAAGCGAUGGAUAUUGAUGAACCUCAGCACCCGAUCAUGAGCAUCUACAUGGCCGAGAGCCCAAAGCAGUAUGGUAGGCCUAAGCCUAUUGAAGAGGAUGAGAGCAUACCCUUAGGGGAUGACCCCGCUCGGACCAUGAGGGUGGGAAAGAACCUGGACCCCCAGCUCAAGAAAGAAAUCAUUCAAGUACUUGGAGAGUACAAAGACAUCUUUGCUUUUACAGCAAAUGGAAUACCGGGCAUAGAUCCCGAGGUGAUAACUCACGAGCUGAACAUCUAG